GGCGUCGUCAUCGUUUUCUCUAUUUUCCCCAAUCGCUUUUGCCUUUUCAUUUUCAAUUCGCAUAUUUUUGCAAACUCUACUUUCAGUUAUUCGCCGAUAAUUGAUGUCAAAGGACGCAGUUGGUUGAGUGCUCCGCCGCUGCCCAGAGACAUUCACAUCUCGACGCCCUGCACCACCGCUGCACCACCACCACCACUAGCAUCUUCUUCUUCUCUUCUUCUUCUUCUUCGGCUUGUUCUUCAACAUAACCUGUCUAUCUUAUCAUGCCCAAAGAGGAUCCAUUUGUGAAUCGGGCUCAACUAUUAAAGGCCAUCAAAAAGUAUCCAGAGAUAUGGGAUUCAAAUAAUAAGCUUCAUAUGUGCCGUAGCGUCACUUCGCCCAUGUGGACAGAGAUCGCUGAACAGUUUGGCGGUCAUGUUCCUACAGUCAAACUCCAGUCGAUUUGGAGCCAGAUGAAAUAUCACUACCAUAAUCUAGUACAUCGCCAAAUAUUGCACAAGGAGCGCUUUAAUACCAAAUGGGAGCACUUUGAGCCAAUGUCCUUUAUGUACAACAUAACGGUAUCAAAGAUUGUCGGUGCUCAGAGUAACUCUUCAGGCAAUUCAACUGAUUCAGCUGGCUCUGCAUUGGAGGAUCAGCAUUCCACUGCUCAACCACAAUCGACAACAACAACAACUUCAUCAUCAUCAGCAGCAGGAACAGCAGCGUCAUCAUCAGGAACAGGAACAUCAUCGGGACGUGGUCGGCCCAGUGGAAGUUUUAGUUGGCUGCCACAACUGCCGCCACAGCCGCCCACUGGCGGAAGUGGCGGUGGGGGAGGCGAUGCUACGCAACUGCCCCAUCUGAUUGAGCAGCAAUCACUGACGACGACGACGACGACGGGUGGCGGCGGUGGUUAUACCGCCUUUACUGGUCUGGUGCCUCCGGCAGCCAUCAUGGUGGUGGCAGCGGCAGCGGCGGUCUCCAAUACGCCCAUACGUAAGUUGGGACGGCCCAGUUCAUUGCACAAUAGCAUGCGGGGACGGAUCAUUGAUGCCAUCAAGGCGCGACCAACCUUAUGGGCGGGCAGGCAACAGCGCCCUGAAAAGGGUCAGGGUCAAAGUCGUACAUCGGCCGUGUGGAAGGAGGUUGCCAUUGAGAUGGGUCUGACGGCGACUCUCAUGCAGACUCGCUGGUCGAUCAUUAAGCAACGCUAUGUGGAUGAAUUACAAAAGGAGCGACAUUCACAAGCCGCCCAUCAAGUCUUUCGCUCCAAUUGGGAGCAUUUUGAUCGCAUGUCCUUCAUGCGUGACAUUCUGCUCAAGAAGGUGGAUGAACGCGAACAGACACGCGAACAUAUACAAGAGAUGGUCAGUGAGCAGCAGCAACAUCAACAUCAGCAAUUGCAACCAUUGCCAUUGCAUUUGCAACAUUAUCGCCCACCGCCAGGCCUAACGGGAUUAGCCGAUCAUGCCCAGGAUAUGCCGAUUGGCCUAGUGCAACAUCAAUUGUCAUCACACCAUCAUCUUGAUAUUCAUCAUCAUCAUCAUCCAUCAUUAGCUCUGCAGCAUUCUCAUGUUGGAGGCAGUACACGACGUCGUGUUAAACAUGAAUCUGAUCUAGAAUGGGAUCCCUUUGAGAUGAUCCUACACGUCCAUGGCAAUGGUGAGCCGGCUGCCAAUUAAACUAAAGACUGAUCAAUGGAUGAAAGAGAGAGAGAAAGAAAGAGAGAGAGAGAGAGAGAGAGACAAGACCGUGUCCCCCCAUCAUCCAUGCAACCAUAAAACGUCGAUCUGCACUAGAAUCUGUAUACUUAACACAUAAAAGUAUGUCAUAAAAAAAACCUAAUUAAUAUCAAUUUUUUUUUUGUUUUUGUACUUGAAAUAAAAAUACUUGAUAUAAAGUAAUUAAACUA